ACUGCACUCCAAAACCCGUUGUAUCACAAAGUCCGACGAACUCUUCAUUAUACAUAUUCUUGAUGGCCUUGGAUCAUGGAGAGUCUUGCGUUGUACCCGGAACUCCGAGUUCCGUUUUAUUAUGUAAGGUGGAAACCUAACACUCCGUAAAUAGUUCGAAAUAUCUUUUGGAGACGGAGGGAACUAUAGACCACUCACAUUCAUCUAUUACUGCUUCUGGUUAUAGAGCUAUACGUCAAUCUGCUUAUUGGUCUGAAGCGAACAGAUUAAUACUCCAAGUGCAGGUCACGUGUGAAGUGGGCUUUUUCCGGUCUUCGACAUCCCACUUGGCAAGUAAAAUACAUUAUAAAGCUUCUCUCUUCUCAAUAAUUAAUCAUCAAGACUGUUGAAAAUCCUUUUAUUGCAAAUACAGUAACCUAGCCCACAAGAUGACGAUCAACCAUCUCUUCAUCCUCGUGACAGCGUCGAAGCUGCCAGCACUUCGUACUUUCUACAGCAGCGCCCUCCAGCCUCUGGGAUACACCGAGAUGAUCGCUGUAAAGAACGAGAAGAUGGAACUAUAUGGAUAUGGGAGCGAUUAUCCCUACUUGUGGCUCAAGCCGCUUCCCGUCGAUACGAAUCCAGUGCCAACGCAUGUGGCUAUUGACGCACCCGACAAUGCUGCCGUGGAUAAAUUCCACGAGGCCGCUUUGCGCGCGGGUGGAAUUGACAACGGUUUGCCAGGCAUUCGUUCUGCAAUGAGUAGACAACCAUAUUAUGCCAGCUUUGUAACAGACCCGGACGGUAACAACAUUGAGGCUGUUUGCGUGAAGAAAUAAGCAUGACUCGGGG